CAGGGCGGUUCGGCCGCUCGGUUCCCACAUGCUGCGCAGAGCGACAUCAUCAGCGCUGCGGUGCGGAGCGCAGAUUUCAGCCGGCGUCCGGUUCAUCCUUCCGUGGACUACAACCAAGCCUCAGGCGCUCUGUGCUUCACGUGUACUUAGACCUUUCUCUGUGUCGACCUGCUUGGGGAAGAAGAAGAAGCAGCAGCAGAGAAGUCUGUGGUUGGAGCAGCAACGAGAAGGACAAAACAUGGACGUCAACAUCGAGGAGAUUCUGGCUCCACUGAGACAAGCAGUGAAGGAGCAGGGCGACCUGGUGCGUCAGAUGAAAGUCGACGGUGCUCCUGACGUGGACGUCACUAAAGCUGUGGCGGAGCUCAAAGCGAGGAAGAAGAUCCUCGAGGCAAAGGAGCUCUCACUGCAGGCCAAAGAUGACAUCGUGGACAGAGUCAAGAUGGAGGACACGCUGAAGAGACGCUUCUUUUACGACCAAGCGUUCGCCAUCUAUGGAGGCGUAAGUGGUCUGUAUGAUUUCGGACCGGUCGGCUGCGCUCUGAAGAACAACAUCCUGCAGGCUUGGAGGCAGCACUUUAUCCACGAGGAGCAGAUUCUGGAGAUCGACUGCACGAUGCUCACACCUGAACCCGUCCUCAAGACAUCAGGGCACGUGGACAAAUUCGCUGACUACAUGGUGAAAGACGUGAAGAACGGAGAGUGCUUCCGUGCCGAUCAUCUCUUGAAGGCUCACCUUCAGAAGCUGAUGAGCGACAAGAAGUGCACACAAGAAAAGAAGAGUGAAAUGGAAGAAGUCAUCACUCAGAUGGACAACUACACUCAGCAGGAGCUAGCUAAUCUGUUUGUGACAUACAAAGUAAAGUCACCCAGCACAGGAAAUGACCUCACACCACCCAUCUCAUUUAACCUGAUGUUUCAGACGUCCAUUGGUCCUGGAGGGAACAUGCCAGGCUAUCUGAGGCCUGAAACUGCUCAGGGAAUCUUCCUCAACUUCAAACGCCUGUUGGAGUUUAACCAGGGCAAGCUGCCAUUUGCUGCUGCUCAGAUUGGAAACUCUUUCAGAAACGAGAUCUCUCCUCGCUCAGGUCUUAUUCGUGUCAGGGAGUUUACGAUGGCUGAGAUCGAGCACUUCGUCGACCCAAAUGAAAAGGUGCAUUCCAAAUUCUCCAACGUCGCCGAUCUGGAGAUCUUGCUAUACUCGUCCAAAGCACAGACCAGUGGUCAGUCAGCCCAGAUUAUGAAGCUGGGGGAUGCAGUGGAGCAGGGUGUUAUCAACAACUCUGUCCUGGGCUACUUCAUCGGGAGGAUCUACCUCUACCUGACCAGAGUCGGUUUGGCAAAAGAUAAAGUGCGUUUCCGUCAGCACAUGGACAACGAGAUGGCCCACUAUGCCUGUGACUGCUGGGACGCUGAAGCCAAAACCUCCUACGGCUGGAUCGAAAUAGUGGGCUGUGCCGACCGCUCAUGCUAUGACCUCACAUGUCACGCACGGGCUACCAAGGUCCCCCUGGUAGCUGAGAAACCUCUGAAGGAACCUAAAGUCGUCAACGUGGUGCAGUUUGAGCCGAACAAGGGAGUCAUCGGCAAAGAAUACAAGAAAGAUGCAAAGCUGGUCAUGGAAUACCUCGCCAUCUGUGACGAGUGUUACAUCACCGAUCAGGAGAAGCUUCUCAGCGAGAACGGCGAGUUCACCAUCGAGACCGAAGGCAAGACCUUCAAACUCACAAAGGACAUGGUGAGCAUCAAGAGGUUCCAGAAGACACUUUAUGUUGAAGACAUCACCCCCAACGUCAUCGAGCCUUCCUUCGGUAUUGGCAGAAUCAUGUACUGCAUUUUCGAGCACACAUUCCACAUCAGAGAGGGGGAUGAGCAGAGAACGUAUUUCUGCUUCCCGGCUGUCGUAGCACCUUACAAAUGUUCCGUGCUCCCUCUGAGCCAGAAUCAGGAAUUCAUACCAUUUGUGCGUGAAUUAUCUGAAGCCAUGACCAAAUUUGGCGUGUCCCAUAAAGUGGACGACUCCUCGGGCUCGAUCGGGAGGCGCUACGCCAGAACGGAUGAAAUCGGCGUGGCGUUCGGAAUCACAAUCGAUUUCGACACCGUGAACAAGACUCCACACACGGCCACUCUGAGAGACCGCGACACCAUGAGGCAGAUCAGAGCUGAGGUUCGCGAAUUACCCGAAAUCGUGCGAGACCUCGCCAACGGAACCACCACAUGGGCUGAGAUUGAGAGCAAGUACCCCAUCUUUGAGGGUCAGGAGACCAGCAAGAAGGACACACCAGAAGAGUAGAUUAAAGCUGCCUUACCUCAUCCUGCCUCCUACACACAGAGCAACCAUGCACAUUUUUUACACUUGCACCAAUAGGAACAAUUUAAAUGCUCCUGUAUAAUAUUGUCAUCGUGAAUGAUGCACUCUGUUAUCGUUCUAAUUACAUCAAUCUUAUCAAAUCGUUAAAAAGAUGUCUUUAUAUAGUCACCGAGACAAACGUUGUUAAUGGCCACGCUUCAGUAAAAGGGCAUGUUUAGGGAAAACUGGAAGUUUUGUGGAUUUCACUGAAAUUGCUCGCAAACUGAAGUUCAUGUUUGGUUCAAUAAAUCAGUGCCAGCACUUUCUGGACCUCAAA